AGCACAAGCACUUUUAUAUUAUCUAUAAAAUUACGUAGCUAGAUCUUACUGUUUGUAAUAAUGUAUUUAUAUAGUUUAUUUCGAUUUAGUUUCAAUAAGCGACAAACCAAAUGUAUUGUAGUGCUAAGUGAAUAGGAUAUUACAAUAAUACUAUGCAUUUAAAUUGCGUAAGCACGUCUUUGAUGAUUUAUGGCGGGAUUUAAUCCGAGGCUGCGCGCGCGCAACUCACCGAACAGUCGAGUGUCGACCACUCCAAAGACGCUUGUUUAAAGACGCACGUUGUAAUUUGUUAUACAUGUUGAAUGGGAAAUCGUAAACAGUGGAAAGUGGAUAAAAACAGCAAGUUAAUGAACUGAAAAGCUGACUGAAUUGACAUUAGUUUCCCUAUUAUUCAUAAUCUACGUUGAAAUGAUACCAAGAUGGCGACGUUUAAUAUCAAAAUUGUUCGUAAUUCCCCAGCGAUAUGUACUUGGCAUCAUGGGUUUACUGGCGGUAUGCAACGCAUAUACUAUGCGCGUCUGUCUCAAUCUUGCUGUCACCCAAAUGGUAAAUAAUACAAAGAGUGAAGAGUCGCAUUAUGAUCCCGAUGCAUGUCCCGAUGAUAGUGAAAUAUUGAUCAACGGAACGGUCAGUCUUAAACCGUACGCGAUAUUUGAUUGGUCUGAAUCAACACAAGGUCUUAUACUAAGCGGCUUCUAUUAUGGCUAUGCCAUAACGCACGUACCAGGAGGAUACUUAGCUGAAAGGUACGGGGGAAAAUGGACACUAGGUAUCGGUCUUCUAAGCACAGCAAUUUUUACUCUUCUCACGCCAAUUGUGGUGAAAGCCGGUGGAGCAACGUGGUUAUUUAUACUCCGAGUUCUGCAAGGAAUGGGCGAAGGCCCAACGAUGCCCGCUUUGAUGAUAGUACUAGCGCGAUGGGUGCCGCCACAUGAAAGGUCACGUCAAGGUGCACUUGUUUUCGGUGGGGCGCAGAUAGGAAACAUCUUCGGCUCAUUCAUGUCCGGUUUCCUAAUGGCUGGCGAUGGAGAUUGGGCCAAUGUCUUUUACUUUUUCGGCUGUUUCGGGAUUUUAUGGUUUAUAUUCUGGAGCAUUCUUUGCUACAGUACACCGAACACACAUCCCUAUAUAACAGACGAAGAACUUAAAUAUUUAAACGAGACCGUCACAAGUGCCGAUACUAAAAGCGUGAGAGACCCUGUCCCCUGGAAGGCUAUUGUAAGAUCAGUUCCCGUGUGGGCUCUCUUGUUUGCUGCUGUUGGCCACGAUUGGGGCUACUAUACAAUGGUUACUGAUUUACCGAAAUACAUGACAGAUGUGCUCAAAUUUAACAUCGCUACUACAGGCACAUUAACUGCCAUUCCGUACCUUGCUAUGUGGUUUAGUUCCUUUAUAUUUGGCUGGGUAUGUGAUUGGUGUGUUAAAAAUGGAUGGCAUUCGAUUAAAACAGGAAGGAUCAUUCAUACAACAAUAGCUGCUACGGGUCCUGCUAUUUGUAUUAUUUUGGCUUCAUAUUCUGGCUGCGAUCGCUUCACAGCUGUUGCUUAUUUUAUUGCCUCCAUGGCUCUCAUGGGAGGAUUUUAUAGCGGAAUGAAGGUCAACGCUCUCGACUUGGCACCUAAUUAUGCAGGCUCUUUAACGGCAAUGAUAAAUGGUACUUCAACAAUUUCAGGAAUAAUCACGCCUUAUCUAAUAGGGCUGUUAACUCCUGACUCGACUUUAGUGCAAUGGCGAGUGGCGUUCUGGGUUUGCUUCGCUGUUUUAGUGGGAACCAAUGUAGUAUACUGCAUCUGGGCUGACGGGAAGCAACAAUGGUGGGACGAUGUGCGACAAUACGGCUACCCACCUGAUUGGAAACAUGGCAGUUUGCAAUCGUCAAGUGAGGAUAAAGAGAAAAAUAAAAAAGCGGAAUCUUCUCUUUAAUUCGUUUUAAAAUGUUCGACGUAUUAAAUUAUUGCUUGAAUUUAAGUAAUUAUAGAAAUGUGACAGAGCCAGAGCUACAUUGAAGUAAGUCGUGCCAUUAAUUAAAAUAAUGGUGAGGAAAUUUGGAAAUAUGUUGCCUGUACUUUAUUUAUUAUAGUGUACAUUUUUGUAAAAAAUAAAUAACUAAAGGCUUUUUAAUUUUAUAAUGUUACCUUUUAUAACAUAUUUUUUAUCAGUACCUGUGAAAAAAAAAUUAAUUAGAAUAAUAGGUCAUGCAAUUUGAAAUACCUUAAGUAAAAGUAAGUACUUAUUGAAUAUCUAUUUGACACUGUCAUUUAAAAUUUUCUUUGAAACCAUUAAAAAUGUUAUUAAUUUUAUGUAUUUUUAAAAUAUCUUUAACAUAAAUAAAAUUAGAUACAUCCAAUAAGCUAUGGAUUGGCUGUCGUGUUCACAGAAGGCAAUUUUUUACAAAAUUACAGUAUUAUCUUGUUAUAAAAUAUAUCUAGUUACAAUAACUAAUAAUAAGUAACUCAUUUCUUCAUAAUGUUCAUCAAAUUUUCACUUUUUUUGCGCCCAGAAGAAAUUGAAAAGGGCUACCCCGUUAACGCGAGGAGGUGGUGAAUGCUUUAUGCAUACCACGACAGCCGGCUUUCUGCCGAAUCGGAAGCGACCCUAUUUUAGGAAAAGAGGGCACAGGGAAAAGAGGGCCCAGAACAAAUGUUCGCUUGGAUAGUUAAUUAAGUCCUCGAGUAACAAAGUAUAAGUAUAUUAGGAAUGAAAACAACUUUAUUGUGAUAUAGGUAGCAUUUUAUUCUAAUAAUGAUAGAAUUAUAAAAUCUUCAGUUUAAUACUUAAAACCAUAAUAUGCCUAGAUUAGUUUAAUGUAAAAAGAGAUAUUACUGUUAUAUUUCGAAUGGAUAAACUUUGUCAGGUUGCGCCUACUUGUAUAAAAUAGCAAUACAUAUGUUGGACUACUAACAACUUCUACUACAGGGUUAAAGCCAAGAAAAUCAAAGAUGCUCUUCACUCAACUGCUUGAAAAGAAGGUAUGUUUUUGGGCGUUUAUAUUAUAUAUCUACAUCUUUAUUCCUCUAUGGCUUGACGGAUUUUUAAGUGAUAUUAUAGUCGAUUAUAUUAUCGAUUUUAUUAUAACUAACUUGUUACAAAUAAAUUGUCAGAACAGUCGUACAUGUUACUUCCAAAUAAUUUUAUAUUUCAUCCCUUGUACAUAUUGAUGUUUAUAAUAUGAUACACAUAAAUAUACUGAUUGUAAAAAUUUGUUAGAAUAUGUAUGUAAUACCCAGUGUGAAAUGGUGCAACCUUAUUAAUAUAUUACACGAUAUUCUGUA